AUGAUUACUAAUUUCAAAGAAUUUGUCAACAAUUCUUAACCUAUCAUAGAUGCUCUUAGAGAUCUCAACAUAUUUGAUACUGACAAUGAAUUCUAAUCCUAAUAAUAAAUUUCUAUUCGUCUUAAGUCCUUCUUUGAAAACUCAUAAACUAAAGUACAUUAAUGCAUUCAUAUUUCUAGAAAUAAUUCUUAAAGUCUUUAUUUAAAAUCUUUGAAAAAGAAUCUUAAAAAGAUGGGAACUUAUAAGUAAAAUUAAAACUUCUACUUUUACUUCAUCUAAUUUUAAGUUCACAAGUAGCUCGAGCUGAAUUAUCUAAAAUUUUAAUAUCAAAACAAAUUAAUAUUCAAAUCAACAAUACUACUUUAGGAAAAGUCUGUCAACAAUACUAUUUUUAUCUUUAUAAGCUAGCUUCUCAAACAACAUUUAUUAAUGAAGACGUAAUCAAUGGCGAUUUAUUAAUUUAUUUCACAUUAUCAAAUUAAUGCAAUUUAGGAAUAAGCAUUUAAUCCUAAAUUGAAAUUGUAGAGUCAUUCUAAUCUAAUAUAUUAUUAGCCAAUACUGUUAAAUUCAUAUAUUAUGAUUUGUAAGAUAUUGCUAUCUUUAUAAUGAAAGAUGUCAAGUAAUUAAUUGAAAAUUAAUAUGACUCUAAAUAGAACAAAUUAUAAAUCCUAGAAUUAUAUAAAGAAGUAAAAAUGAUAUUUUAUUAUUAUAGUGUUAAGUACUAUAAGAAAAAAUGCUUUGUUUUUAUAGAUUUAAUCGUCACUUUUCACACUUUUCUCAAAUCAUGCCACCUUUUUCAUUAGUUAUUGAUCAACAUUAUCUUAAAGACUUACAAAACAAUACACCAAAAAGACACUCUUUAAAAAAUUUGAAUAAAGUGAAUUAAGAACAUGUUAAAUUUUAACCCUAGACUUCCAAAUAGAAAUAAAUGAUAAAAUUUGAUUUUGUAGAUAAGAGACAACAAUAAGAAUCUCCACACUUUUCAUUUUCAAAUUGA